AUGCCCGGUCAGAUUACUUUUCACUGUGACGUCGACUUGCAAAACGCAAAUGCGGCAUGGUCACGGGAAAAGCGAGAGUGGUGUUGCGAGAAUCUGGGCAUAGCAUGUGAGGAAGACUUUCACUGCGAUGUGGCGCUGCGCAACUAUGAGCGUGCCUGGUCUUUGGCGAAGAAGAAGUUUUGCUGCAAGACGGCGGGUGUUGCAUGCAAGGGCCUGGAAGACGAGAUCUUCCUCACUACCAAGGCACCCCAGGUUGAUCCAGGCGCGUGA